AUGGAGAUAUUCCAGCAACUCAUAGAGCUCGACGAUGACGACCCAACCCACGAUUUCUCCUACUCGACCGCCACCGGAUUUUUCUCCCAGGCCGAGGGCACGUUCGAGGAGAUGGAUAAGGCAUUGUACGAGAAGGACCUCAAGACACUCUCCGACAAGGGUCACUUCCUCAAGGGAUCCUCUGCGAUGCUCGGCCUCGCGCGCGUGCAGUCCUCGUGCACCAAGAUCCAGCAUUAUGGAGACCUUCGCGAUGAAGAAGCAGGCAUUGCACUCACGGAGGACGACGCCUUGAGGCGAAUAGGCGAGCUGCUCGUGCAGGUCAAGAAGGACUUCGCGAUAGGGAAGGAAUGGCUCUUGAACUGGUUCAAGGAUAAUGGCGCUCCAGUCGAUGAGGAAUAA